AUGGCUGCUCGGGUGAUUCAGCCUCAUUUCACUCAGAAAAGGAGUCAAACGGCACUUGUUGAGCGUAUGAGGGGCUCUGAUUCCAUCGCCGCGAGCCGGAUUGCGGGAACAAGAAGACGUAGAAAAAUCCACUGCGAACCACUUGGUGACAUGCACCAGUUGCAGAGGCCCGGCCUUCAAUCCUCGGAUGGCAAAGAUCUCUCCCACGGUGCCGUUUCGGAGAGUGGAUGUCGAGAGUGCAACCAACGGGAACGAGGCUGUUAA